UGGCCACUGGCAAGUGCGAGCCUGUUGCCAAGUUAUUGAUCCUUCAGGUUUUCCACGAUUAAACAACACUGCAUUGCUGUCAUCUACCAAAACAGUCGUGCCACGGUCGUGCUUUCCAGCGGAGUAUUACACCCCACAAAAAAAAAAAACUCCCCCAAUAUUCCGUCGAAAAGGCUCAUCAACGGGAAUAACUCACAGUCCCAGAGAAAAACAAAUUGCAAUGUAGUAAAAUUCAUUGGGACAGCAAUUAAUCAAUUCGUUAAAACAUAUAAAAUACGGUUGUGGUGCAAUAUGACGUACAAUAAUCAAAAUGUAGAACAAUUUUCGGGCGAUCCUACACGUAUCUAGUGUUGUAGUUGAAUGCUCCAUACAAUUGUGAGAAUUAAUGAACAUCAUGAACCUGAUGAGGAUGCUGAAUACAUCGUUGGCUAACCAGGGUGCAUGAUUCAAUAAUAAAUAAUGGAAAAUACAACAGGCAAAUGGCCCAGUUAUAGAAAAUAAUACAUUAUAAUAUACUGCAAACGGAAUGAUGUACAUGUGAAGAUAACAUUCAACACAAAUAGACAUUUUUUUUAUACCAUCGAGAUGAAGAAAUUCACCAUCAAGGGUGUCCUCGACGGUUUUCGAUCGUCUGUUGCUCAACAGGUUAAGCCAGAUCAGGAAAUUAUCGAAAAUUUACGACCAGAACAUUUUCAAGUUAAAAAGACCUUCAGACAUGGAUUUCCAUAUCAACCAACAGCAGUGGCUUUCGAUCCCGUGCAAAAGCUCCUGGCAAUUGGCACCAAAACUGGAUCCCUCAGAAUUUUGGGAAGACCAGGAGUUGAUGUGCACGUCAAACACGAGGGUGAUGCAUCUGUUCUCCAACUAUUGUUUCUCAUCAAUGAAGGUGCCCUAAUUUCAUUGACUGCUGAUAACACAGUGCACCUAUGGAAUUUUCGACAGAAAAUUCCACAGGUCGUCCAGAGCCUCAAGUUUCAACGUGAGAGUAUAACCUCGAUGCACCUGCCCCUUCAAAGUAAAUGGCUGUACGUUGGCACGGAAAGGGGCAACAUCCAUGUACUUCACAUCGAGACCUUCGCUUUAUCUGGCUACGUGAUCAACUGGAACAAAGCCAUAGAAGUAUUGAGGAAAACACAUCCGGGUGCUGUCAUACACUUGAGUGAUAAUCCAUUGGAUCUGAGCAAGAUGCUGAUCGGAUAUGAAUCUGGACAGAUUGUACUUUGGGAUUUGAAAACGAAAAAUGCUGACUGGCGAUGCCAGACAGAUGAGCCACUUAAAUCUAUCUCAUGGCAUCACGAGGGAAAGCAAUUUAUGUGCAGUCAUACAGAUGGAUCAUUGUCAACCUGGAUGCUGAGACAAGUCAAAGCAUCAAAUGUUACACAUCCACAUGCAAAAUUAUCAAAGGACGGUGAGCCGGAGCCCUGCAAAGCUAUCCAGAAGGUCGAAUGGAAAUUAUCCAGAUCAGGAGAGGCUUACGUCAUAUUUUCCGGAGGAUUAGCGUACGAUACCACCGGUAGAACUCCGAGUAUCACAGUUAUUCAGGGAAAAACAACAACUGUUCUGGAGAUGGAACACAAUGUCGUUGAUUUUAUAACGCUGUGUGAGAGCCCCUAUCUGAGUGACUUCCAGGAUCCUUACGCUGUAGUAGUUUUACUUCAAAAUGACUUGGUUGUGAUUGACCUGUUAACUCCGGGUUUUCCAUGCUUCGAGAAUCCAUAUCCAAUGGAUAUACACGAGUCUCCAGUUACCAGCUGUUCGUAUUUCGCUGAUUGUCCGUCGGAUCUAGUUCCAGCAUUUUAUUCAGUUGGUUCCAAGUCCCAGAAAAAAACGGGUUUCAGUGAAAAGGAGUGGCCUGUGUCUGGUGGUGAAUGGAGUUCUAAUUCAAGUAGCUAUAGUGAAAUUAUCCUCACUGGUCAUGCCGAUGGGAGCAUAAAAUUCUGGGAUGCCUCAGCUGGCUCUCUCCAAGUACUUUACAAAUUAAAAACCGCAAAAUUAUUUGAAAAGAGUAAAGCCAAGAGUUUAGAUAACGAUGAUGAUCCACUUGCAAUAAAACUGAUACACUUGUGUCCAGAGAGUCGUAAAUUAGCGAUAGUUGGAGCUGGACGACACGUUGUCCUAUUUAAAUUCAAGAAGGCUGAAAGCAUGUCAGAAGUUGUGACAUUGGAAAUAACGUUCGCAUCAGAUGGAAGAGAUACGGAGGGCUCACCUGAUCCCGAUUUGGAUCCAUGCCAAAUACCAGGUGUGGAGGAGUCAAGAGCUGCCGAGGCCGCAAUGUCGUUAAAAGUCAAGGGAGGUCUGCAGAAAAGAGCCCCUGGAUUUCAAGCGACACUUAUUUGUUUAACGUCAAAUGUUGGUGGUGAACAAACUGAGAAUAUUGCAUCACUUAGUCUCAACUCAUCUUAUGGCCUAUUAACAUAUGGAAAUGCGUCUGGUUUAGUGGUCAUCGACACUGUGCAAAAGGUGAUACUUUUAGUGAUGAAUACGUGGGAUUUGGGAAAUAGUGGUGAUCCUUAUCAACGAGCGUUGAGAAGCCCCAAACGUCAGGAUGAUGGUAAACGUGAGGGCGAUGAUAAAGCCAGAAGUCCAAGCAUAGAUCAGCCCAUCCAGACUCAACGUGAAUCAACAGAAAGCGAGUGUUUAGUAUCUCAGGGAGAGAAAAUUCAACAUAACAAUCAACAUCAGAUGCACGAUUGUCACAGUGUAAAUAGUGAUAAUAAAGAGAAUCAAGAGGAUAACGUGAGAGAUAUCAAAGAUACGAGAAAACCAAUCAGUGCUAUUGCCGGAAAGAAAGGGUUCAGCCUCAAACGUCAACUCAGCAAAGUUGAUCUCAAGAUAAAGAGCACAUUCACACCAUCAUCCUCAGCAUCGCACAAUGGGGCAAGCACAAGUGCAAAGCAGUCAUCAACAUUUUACGGCAGUACAAAUGAUUCCGACACAGCAUCACCCGAAUUCAGUGAACAGGAUACGACAUUGUGCGUUAGAAGUCCAGUUCUAGCACGUUCGCCUUAUCAAGAAAAACGCCCACUCGAGUCAAUACUAAGUGCCGAUGGGAUUGACGAAGAGGAUAAUCAAGAUGAUGGGAAAAUGAAUGAUUCAGUGAAAAUGGUACGUCCUGCUGAUUUGCCACUUUUUGAGAAUGACGAUAAAUUAAUGGAUAUGAAGAGAACAGUGAAGAGUAGAUACUCAAAGGCACGUUUGCUGUCAGUGCCAAAUUCCAAAAGUCAGAAGCACGAGACUUUUGUUAAUAAUCAAAAAAAUGAUGACAAUACAACCGAGUCUUUCGCUGGAAAUCUUAUGAGAAGAUUCAGCCGAACAGACAAAUUCGACAGUUCGUUCCAACGAUCAAGGAGUUCGAGUAUGUCUUCAAUCGAGAAUCUUACAACUGAAACCAUCAGCUGCCUUACAUUCGCCGAAUCCUAUACCAAGAAGAGUGAUACUUGUCCUCUCCCGACUCUUUGGAUUGGUACGUCUUUGGGCUCAGUACAAACAAUUGUAUUCAAUUCACCAACACCCGAGGAGCGUAAUGUUCAACCUGUAACUAUUUCUACCUGCAAUGGCGCAUCGUUCAAACUGAAAGGUACCAUCCUAACAAUAUCCUUUCUGGAUUGCAACGGUGUACUGAUACCAAAUGCAUUCGAAUCGUGGAAAGACGAUAGUGUAGAUGGCAAAAGUAGCAAGAGUAAGUCAAUGAACAGCAGUAGAAUGUCACCACUGUUGAAUGCACCGACUGUUGCUGGUAGUGAAGGCUUUGAGGAUCAACAAUUUGUUGUGCUGGCGACUGACAAGCAGGCGAAAGUUGUGGGACUACCAUCUCAAAAUAUUGUUUACAGGCAGCAGUUGAGUGAGGCACACUCUAUCAUUAAAUCAGAGAUUACAACUUUGAAAGAAAGCGUAUGUCUCAUGUGUUACGCAUCAAACGGUCACGUAGCCACUUACAGUUUACCAAGUCUAAAGCCCUUGAUCGAUGUUGAUUUUGUACCACUACAAGAAAUGAGUUUUCAGACAACAAAACACGGCAUUGUAGAUCCCAUGUUGUCCAUAUGGGGUCAUCAACUCUUUGUUAAUGGCGAUACCGAUCAAAUCGCCCGGACUAUUUGUUUGAGUUAUAAAGGUCACGGUCUUUAUCUAUCAUCGCCAGCUGAGAUUCAGAAGUUCACCGUCUCCAAUGAUUUCUGCACCGAACUACCCGAUAUGAUGGCCGAUCUCUUUGUGACUCUUGAUAUGCCUGAGGCACCCAAGGAAAGUUUUUUCAAGGGACUCUUUGGAGGAGGAUCUAGGAGUCUGGACAGGGAAGAACUUUUUGGGGAAUCGAGUGGAAGAGCAUCGAGAACCGUUGCAAAACAUAUACCAGGUCCAACAGCAAAUACAGAAGCCCUCAGAGAGCGUGUAUCAACUGCAACUGGUGAUGUUGCAGCUGCUCAUCGAAUGGUAAUGGAGCGUGGUGACAAAUUAUCACAAUUGGAGGACAGAACCGAACGUAUGAUGAAUGAGUCAGAAAAUUUUGCAGCUUCUGCCCACGGAUUAAUGCUCAAGUACAAGGAUAAAAAGUGGUAUCAACUAUGAGGGGUAUAUUUAUUUGCCACUUGUGCCCAUUUUCCUCUACUGUAUUUCCAUUACCCUUUUACUUUCAUUUUCUUCGUACCCAGAUGAACAAUAGAAAUAAUGUAAUUGUAAUUUAGUAUUCACACAUUAUUCGUGAAAUAGAUAAAGAAAGAUCAAUUACUGAAUUUUCACGAAUAUGUGCACCCGCGCGGGCAAAUAAUUUAAUCAAUGAUGAAAGAUAACAAAUGAUGGAACACUUAUUACGCACACGGAUUAUCAAAUAAAGUAGAAAGAGAUAAAUUAGAUAUUAUUAUUAUUAUUAUGAUUAUGCAUAUACAUGAUUAAAUUUAUCGAAAGAAAAUUUAAGACUUAGCGCGGGUGUUGUCGUUGUUAAUUAUCAUUAAUUAAUUCUGUAUGCAAUUGAUUAUUGAAUUGAAAAAAAAAAAACAGUAUAAGUAAGGAGAAAGGUGGAGUUGAGAAUUUUAGAAAUGAGAUUGAAUGAGUUAAUGUCAGGUAUCAAUAUUUAGAUCAUUCAAGCAGUCAAUUCCUGGGCUGCGACAGAAUGAGUGAGACAAAAUGGAAUAUGAUAAUUUUCGUCAUUUGAAGGGUGAUGGUCAGUCAACAAUAAAUUAGAAGUUUCCAAUUAAUGGCUCAGGCGAUCAUUCUUUAUCGCAGUAACAGUAUUUUGGUAGGACAAUUUCUGUCUGUCAUGGAUCUCUUUGUGUUUUUAUGUUGCAUUGUACGAAAAAUUAUCGUUUAAGUGCAUUCACCCUCAGUGAAUGUAAAGAUGUUCAUGAAUAUUCAUUUUUUAGAUGUCCAGGAUUGUCUCAUUCUCUCAUAAUAUAAUUUAAAUAUAAUUUAAAUAGCGUUGGCUUUGAAACGUGGAGCUUUUUGAAGUUUAAAGGGUCAACCGCAGGCGAAAAGAGGAUUCUGCAACGAAAUUCGUUGAGAAAUACAUUUUUUAACGAAAGUUUUGGGGAUGUAGCAUUGACAUGUGAAACAACUUCCCGCAUCUUCGGGAUUCGGCUCUGGAAAUUGGAUGAUUCCACUUAUUUGAUCUGGGGAAUGGCGGAUUGAUCCAUUUUGUCUCACUCCUCUUCAACGAGGCGAGUUCUCACAUCUUGUUGAUGAUGGAAUUAUUGUGGUAGUGUAUAAUUUUAGGGGGAAAUGUCAGAAUACUUUUAUUGUUGGUAAUAUUUUCAUGAGGAAAUUAUUACUUUGGCAUUUUCUCCAAAAAUGACACUCCUUUAAAUUUUAUUCAUUAUGCAUAAUCACGUCAUUAGAUUCCAUUCACGGAAGGAAUUUGAAAGAUUUUAAAAUGAAUGCACGAAAGAUGAAAUAUUAGUAAUUGGAUAAUAAGUCAUAUACCAUUUGUUCAAGAUAUAUAUAAUAUAUACUUAUGUAUAUAAUAAUAAAUACGUCUAUGGUAGAUAUAGCCUUGUGUAUAAAUAUAUAUUCUAAGAGCAGAAUGCUAGAAAAUUUACUGGGUUUCUAAUAAACGGUCUAUUAAUUUUUGCCAAAUUAUAUUGGAGUUUUACGUGGAAUCAAAAUCUUCAAGUGACGAAAAUAAUUAUUGUACAUUUACGAAAAAUUCAUACGCACUCCAUUGGCCCGUACAUUAGCCAAAAAGUCAAUUUUUGUAUUUGAGGUCCCCCUUCUCCCCAAUUAUAAAAUUGCCUGUCUGGGAAAAUUAUUUUACAUUGAGAAAGAUACUUUUGUGUUGAUCUCGAGAACUCCUUCAAAGGAGGCAAUUGCAGUAGCAGAAUAAAUAUUUAUGCCAAUGUUUAUAGCCACCAUAGGCGUAUUCAGUCAUACGCACACUAUUAUACAGGGUCUCCCACGACCAAUUAUUUUCCUUUAAGGGUAUUCAAGAGGGCGCAUUUUGCAGUAAAAAAUUCCAUUUUUGGACCCAUUGUUGAUGCGAUAGUUCACUGAGAGGAAGUGCGAGCAGAUAUUCUACCAAAUAUGCGUCUCAAACGUCAUAAAAAAGAAGGACAAAAUUUUUAAACAAUUAAACAAAACAAAUAUGCGUCCUUAAAAUAAGUACCAGCAGAGCAGGAGACGUAUUGAACUGCAAAAAUGGAAAAGCAUUCCCCUUGAAAAUGCUUGCGGGAGAAAGAAGGUGGGCUGUGGGACACACUCUAUACAUAAAUUUUAUUUCACGUCAGAGAAUUUAAGAGGGAGAAAGCCUCAAAAAGAUGUAAAAAAAUUGUGAAAGAAUGUUUGGGAGCUUUGUGAGCCUCACGGAGGCGCAGAAAAAUGUUGUGAAUUAAUCUGCAUUAGUCAGUGCAAAAUAACUCCAUAAUUUCAAUUUUUAUUUCCAUUGAUAACAUUAUUUUCCUGACUUUUUGCCAGAAAAAGAUGAAGAAAAUUGAAAAAAAACAAAUAAAGGUCGUUGAUCCAUUCGGACGUCCCUGUGCAAUGACAACAUGCAAAUUAUUGAUAAAAUGAAUUUUUACCAUUGAAAUAGAACGCCACAUAGAAUGGUGAUAAAAUGUAAUCACUUAGUUGCGUUAUCUCAACUGGAUUGAGAACAGAAUUUUUAUUCAACUAAGAAAAUUACUUAAUUUUAAACAAAAAAACACACAAAUUAUUAAAUAAUUGAUAUGACCAAAUGAAACACUCACUCACACACACACACACCUACUCUCGAACACAAAUGUUUUAACGUAAUUUAAUUAUAGUUGUCAAGUAGUUCGGUAAAUUGAGAUCCAUCCUCCUAUUUUACUGCAACCAAAUGAGAAAAAAAGAACACAGAACUCAAAAAAUAGAAAUGCAAAAAAAUGUUUUAUCGCAGAGGCGUUGUUCCGAAUGCAUUGACAAUAACUAGAAGUAGUUGUAACAGUAGAAUUUAUCAAUCAACUUAUAAUUUCAACCCAUUGACAAAAGAAAAAAUAAAAGACAUUGUAAAAAAAAACAAAAAAAAAUUACACAAAUAAACCAAAGUGUUUUGAAGCAACAAAAACGUAUCAGCAAUGAGGGAGGAUAGUAGACAAAUCUGAGAGAAUAAAAAUUACUGAAUAUUACCAAAUGAUGAAGAAACCACGCAUUAUCAAUAGUAGUAAAUGCUAGACGUGUUAUGUAUAUAACAAUGUCAAAGUAGUGAUUAUUAAUCGUAUGUUAUGGUGAAACAAAGAAUUUUAUGAGGAAAUAAAUCAUUGGGGACAGACGAGAGGACAAAGUAACUUGCGAUAAUUAUUGCUGAUAUGGAGUAACUGGAGAAAUCCAAAUUAACAAAUUUAUAUAGUGCACGCAGUAUAUAUAUAAAGGAUUAUUAAAUGAUUAAAAAAAGACAAACAUAACUGAUGAAAACAAACUAUUGUACUUGUAUCAUAAAUGCAUAAAACGUAGAUUACAUAAUGACAAUAUAUAUGCGGUAUAUAAGUGUCUGUACAUGCACAUAUAUACGUGAUAAUUGAUGGCUAUGUAGGUGUGUGUACAGAUGUAUUAUACAUAUAUAUGCGAUAAAUUCGUUUGAAUUUAUUGAAGGUUCUGAAUGAUGAUAUUUCUUCCAUAGCAAUAAUAAAUGUAUAGCGAUUUAAUUGGAAAUUGAUGAUGCAUAAAUAUAUUAUCAUUCAAAUCUGUA